CUCUUGCAGUGACGCAAACGCGUCGGUGCGCGGCGCAUGCGCAGUGCGGCGUAAGGGCGACGUGCCGUCGAGUGUUUACGCGCGUAAUGGCGGCGGACAGGCUGUGAUGAGCCACGGCGAAAAAAACACAGCCAGCGAUCCAGCCCUCGGUCAGUUUCCACAGCGGCGACACAGAAGAACGCGAAAAUGCAGAUCACGCUGAAAACCCUCCAGCAGCAGACGUUUAAAAUCGACAUCGACGCGGAGGAGACGGUAAAGGCCUUAAAGGAAAAAAUAGAGAAUGAAAAGGGAAAAGAUAACUUUCCGGUGGCGGGACAGAAGUUGAUAUAUGCAGGCAAAAUCCUGAACGAUGACGCGGCUCUCAAGGAGUACAAGAUAGAUGAGAAGAACUUUGUGGUGAUUAUGGUAGCAAAGCCUAAAGCGGCUCCUGCAUCGGUCCCUUCAUCUGCUGCCACAGCGGCCAGCGCAGCCUCCUCCAGCACUACAACAACCCCGACCCCUUCUUCAGAAACCCCGUCUGAGAGCGCGACUGAAGAGGACAAACCCGCCAGCAGCGCUGAGCCCUCCUCUACACCAACCAGUUCUUCGCCAAAUGCAAACAUAUUUGAAGAGGCGACGUCUGCGCUGGUGACGGGUCAGUCCUACGAGAACAUGGUGACGGAGAUCAUGCUGAUGGGAUACGAGAGAGACAGAGUGGUGGCGGCACUGAGAGCUAGUUUCAACAAUCCUGACCGCGCCGUCGAGUACCUGCUCACGGAUAUUCCUGCGGAGAGCGAGGGCAGUGUGGGAGGUGCUGGUGCAUUACUUUUAAAAGUAAGUUUCCCCAACACUGGUCCCGUGUGUGCAGCGAAUCCUCUGGAGUUCCUGAGGAACCAGCCGCAGUUCCUGCAGAUGAGACAGAUCAUCCAGCAGAACCCGUCUCUCCUACCAGCUCUACUACAGCAGAUCGGCAGAGAGAACCCCCAGCUCCUGCAGCAAAUCAGCAGCCAUCAGGAGCAGUUCAUCCAGAUGCUUAAUGAGCCGGUGCAGGAGGCGGGGCAAGGAGGCAGUGGGGGCGUGGCCGAGGCAGGAGGCGGGCACAUGAACUACAUCCAGGUCACACCUCAGGAGAAAGAAGCUAUUGAGAGGGUAAAACGCUUAACACAUUUUCAGUUUAAGAAGUUAUUGCAGAUGCCGCUAUAUUAUUUGCCAACUCGCGGUAUGAAAUAUAAGACUUUAAGAUGUGCACAAAUAAAAUUAAAUACUGUAUGUCAUAUAGUGGCACAUGUAUAACUGCAAAACAGUAGG